CGUGUUUUGGAUCGUGGUGAUGGUGCUGGCGGUGGUGGGCGCCGUGGCCAUCGCCAUGACCACGUGGAGGCGCUUCCAGGAGAACCCCACGGUGCUGGCGAUGGACCACUGGAAACGCAUCCAGACGACUCAGAGUUCGAGAAAUUCAUGGAAGCUAUAUUUGGUGCAACUUACACUACAUUUGAUGCUUUCAAUGAAACUACAAAAUAUUACGAAGACUAUAUUAAACCGGAGAACUAUCAAGAUGUUGUGUUUAAGAACAAAUAUCAUUUCGAGUAUACUAUCCUCAACUCUAACGACAACAUGGGUCCAGAAAAGCCUGAAGUGUGGGUCUCCUUCACUGAAAUGGGCGUCUGUUACUCGUACAAUACAGCAAUAUCUCCUUACCUCAAUCCUGAGUAA